GUGAGUCUGGAUGAGGAGGCGAAUUCAAAAGAGAAACACUGGGAUAAGAGAAACGUUUCUGUCACCCUCAGAGACACACAGAGAGGACCUGCCGCUGCAGAGGAGCGUUUCUCACCGGACUGCUUCAGUCAGAAUGAGGAGUUCUUCGUCCCUCCUCUCUCCCCCGCCCUCUCCUCACCCUGCCCCCCUCCCCCUUGCAUCCUCCUCCUCCUCCUCUCUGACUGGUUGUCCUGAACUCGACCUGUCCAUCACACUCAGCCCUGCCCCCAAGACUGGUCACUCACAGCUGAAACCCAACCCUCAAGGACAGACAAGAAAAAAGAGGGACAAACAGGUGUGUUUUGAAAAGCCGGCAGUCGUCACAGUAACACCGGAGCCUUACGUCACGCUUAGCCGAGAUUCCCCUCCUCAGCAGCCAAUCAGAGGUCAGACGAGGAGCAGAGAAUGUCACCAUGCCCCCAGACAGUCGGUGGAGCCUCCUGCUGCAGCGUCCAAUCACAUUGCAGGAUGUCUGGAGAGGGCGGAGCUAAACACCACUCUGGCUGUGAAGGCGGAGCUUCAGUCACUGCAGGGUGCAGAGUUUAACUCCCAGAAGGCCAUUCAGGAGACUCUGCGGAGGUCAGAGAGGACCAAGAACCUGAUCAACACCAGAGCUACUGAAGUUGUGAAUGUCUCUCGCUCUCAGCUUCUCUUCACCUCGCUGGUCAGUGUCAACGUCCAGAAGGAUCAGCUGAUCAACCAGAUGGUGCAGGAUAGGCUGGUGCCGCCCACGCGCCCCCGCUGCCUCGACAACAAGGCCGCAGAUGGACCCUCCGUGCUCCCCUUCAAGUCGUCUGAUCUGCUGAGACAGAACCCUCUCGCACCAGAGGAGGAGCCUUUCAGCUACAAGCCCCGCCCCUCACCACGUCCCGCCCACUGUGCCUUUGACCUCCACAGACGACAGAGACGGUGGGAGGCCAUGCACUGACGGAAACUAGGGAGACCUCUGAUUGGUUGGAGGUCCUGAGGUUCUUAUCAAACAGACUGUGAGAUGUGACUGAAGAAUAAUAAUUAUCUGAUCAGUUUUUAAAUGAUAGAGAUCUGUUUUUAUUCCUGUAAAGAGAGAGUAAAGUUUUAUUUUGUCUAAUAAAGUCUUUUCAAAAACCUUCA